AGGCUACUAAUAGCAAUUCUAAAUAAUCAUCGCAAAUUGAUAUCAUAUCGACUUCUUGAAAGACCGACUUACUCAGAAUCAACGUGAUAGACGAAUCCAACGUCAAAAUGACUGCUACAACCUAUCCCGAGUUCAAUGAUCAUACAGAGGCAUUGGAUGUUGCCAAGGCCUUUGCUAGGGAGAUUCGUGGUAAAACAGUACUCGUGACGGGUGUAAAUGUUGCCGGCAUUGGAUUUACAACUGCACAAGCUUUUGCUUCUCAAUCUCCAGCUCACAUAAUUCUCGCCAGCCGUACCCCGUCCAAGAUUCAAGAGUGCAUCGACAAGCUCAAGGCCGAAUUUCCUAAUGUAGACUACCGCUCACUUAUUCUCGACCUUUCGACACAGAAAACUGUCAGGGCUGCUGCCGGCGAACUUCUAUCAUGGUCUGAUAUACCUACUAUUGAUAUCAUCGUUAAUAGUGCUGCUAUCUCUAAUAUUCCGGAACGCACGAUCAACGAAGAUGGAAUUGAGAUACAGUUUGCCACCAAUCAUAUCGGACACUUUCUGUUCACUUGCUUGAUCAUGCCGAAACUUCUCAAGGCGGCAGAGCACAACCCGAAAGGGGCAACUCGCAUUAUCAACGUUUCUUCACGUUCUCCAAUAUCUGCUCGCAUGCGAUGGAGCGAUACCAAUUUCGAAAAGAAGAGCAAAGAACUCCCUGAAGACGAACAGCCCCCUUACGAGAUGCAUAGACUGUGGGGAACCGGGGACGUUGAAGACAAAGCGUACCUGCCGCUUGAAGGUUACAACCAGGGCAAGGUUGCGAAUGUACUGUUUAGUAUAGCAUUAAACAAAAGGCUGUAUGAGAAGUACGGAAUCUUGAGUAUAUCCCUGCACCCCGGAGUAAUACAUACAGAGCUGUCCAGAGACGCUGCGCAAAGCACGAGAGAUCUAAUCGAUAGCUGGGAGAAAGGGGGGCAACUUCAAUUCAAAACACUAGGGGCGGGAUCUGCAACAAGCCUUGUUGCUGCAUUGGAUCCGAAACUGAGCCUCCCUGAGACCAAGGGCGAUAACGAAAAUCAUGGGGUUUACCUUAUAGAUUGCCAGAUUUCCGAUGAGGCGAACUCCUAUUCAACCUCGAGCGAGGGGGCUGAAAGGCUGUGGAAGCUAUCCGAAGAUCUGGUCAAAGAAAAGUUCGCUUGGUGAGGGAGUGAAAAGGGAGUUUGCGCCGUUGGAUCUUCUGGUGAAGGUAUUAGUGCCUCUUACUAUUGGACAUAGGAUGUGGGACGAAGAAGAAUCCUCUCUUUCGUAGCACUGGGGACGCCAUAGUUAUUACUCUCAUUCCUUA